GUUCCCGCGCUAAAACCGAACGGUGAACGCGCCAAAACAAACGUGUCCCUCCACGGAAUACUAAAGUAGUUCCUCAAUUCACGUGUUCGCUUAAGCACCGAUGAAUAUUUUUUCAUACGGUUUAUAGCCAUAGAGGGUGGUAGCGGCGUUAACUGAAGGCGCUGCGUGCAGGCAAUCGAAAAACCAUCGUUUUUGAAAGUCGGCGGAGGGAUACGAUCCGGGAAAGCGGCGAGCGGGUUGGUGUUAGUCUGUGGAAGUUUUGUGGCGCCAGAAUUUGGAAUCGCUGUCCUGUACGACUGAUUCAUUCCUCGGGGUUAUAAUUUGCGGUCAUGGUGCUGCUACGUAGCGCUUCGGGGACACCUAACGGCCCAGUGCCGUGUUACCGGGAGAACGAGUCUCUGCUCGAUACCAGCUCCGAAUUUCUCAGUCUAGAACCGCAGAAUGAGUCCCCGGAGUUGGGUAAACGGAGAUCUUCGAGAACCACCGGCCUCAACGGGACGUCCCAGUCUGGAGAAGGUCCCUCCUCUGAAAAUGAGGCUGUCGGUAGCCAUAGUCAGAGAGCUUUAAGAAAGCGAAGAUUUGAAGACCUUCAGAACAGCUCAGAUAAAACCAAUGAAAUGAAUGAUGAUAAACGUGAAGUCAGGAGGCUUACAAGAAGGGUAGCAAAGCAAGAAGCAGAUGCAGGCAUGAAUGGGAACUGCAAUGGAGAACUAGAAACAGAAGAACUAGUAACCUCAGCUUGUGAAACCUCGAGGAGAACAAGAAACACAGAAAAGGCUGCUGCCCAUCAAGUGAACGGAGAUGUAGAAGUUCGCCGGAGUGGAAGGAUUAGGAGAAGCCUUUACAGCACCACUAACCAGUCUGUUCUGUUUGAUAAGCUCAUAACAAAUACCGCAGAAGCUGUUCUGCAAAAGAUGGACCAUAUGAAGAAAAUGCGGCGCCGACGUCUUCGGGAGCUUGAUGAUCGUGAAGUCUUCAAUAGCACUGAAGAGAGCAUUGAUAUGUAUUCACGGGUGAAGCAAAAACGUGGUGCUGCACAAUUGGAUGAGGAAACCACAGAUAAUCAAGAGGAAAGUGGUGAAACUUCUGAAGAAGAGGAAGAGCAAGAAGAUGACGAGGAUGAAGAGGAGGAUGAAGAUGAGCAUGAAGAUGAUGAUGACGAUGAUGAUGAUGAUGAUGAGGAGGAGGAGGAUGAAGAUGGAGAAGAAGAUAACCAAAAACGUUAUGAAUUCCGGCAGAGGAAAACAGUUGUGCCCUACCAGGCUCCCUUAGCAGAACCCAGGAGCCAUAAAAAGAGUGGUAUGUUUUAUGCUGGUUCCGCAUCUCCAACAAGAAGGUAUCAUCGCUUUAAUUCUGCUGGACCAAGAAGUCCUUACUGCAAAAGACGACUCAAUAGGAGAAGGCAUGCAAUCCAUAGUAGUGAUUCUACAUCAUCUUCAUCAGAUGACGAGGAACAUUUUGAGAGGCGUAUGAAUCGGAGUCGUAACAAAGCUAUUAGCAGAUGCCUUCCUCUUAAUCUGCAAAGAGAUGAUCUCAAGGGCAUUCAGAAAGACAGAAUGAAAAUAGGAGCAAGCCUUGCAGAUGUGGAUCCAAUGCAAAUAGAUACAACUGUCAGAUUCAGCAGUGUUGGUGGACUUACUAAACAUAUUGCUGCUCUCAAAGAGAUGGUGGUUUUCCCUUUACUUUAUCCUGAAAUAUUUGAAAGAUUUAAGAUACAGCCUCCACGUGGCUGUCUGUUCUACGGGCCUCCUGGUACAGGAAAAACUUUAGUUGCUCGGGCAUUGGCCAAUGAGUGCAGUAUUGGUGAUAGGAGGGUUGCCUUCUUCAUGAGGAAAGGUGCGGACUGCCUAAGCAAAUGGAUUGGAGAGUCUGAGCGCCAGCUAAGGCUGCUUUUUGAUCAGGCCUAUCAAAUGCGCCCUUCCAUUAUAUUUUUUGAUGAAAUAGAUGGCUUGGCACCUGUAAGAUCCAGUCGACAGGAUCAAAUUCACAGUUCUAUAGUUUCCACCUUGCUUGCUCUUAUGGAUGGACUGGACAGUCGAGGAGAAAUUGUGGUAAUUGGGGCCACAAAUAGGCUAGACUCAAUUGAUCCUGCCUUAAGACGACCAGGGCGUUUCGACCGAGAAUUUCUUUUCUCCCUGCCUGAUCGAGAUGCAAGAAAAGAGAUUCUCAAGAUUCACACGAAGGAAUGGAACCCAAAGCCAUCAGACUUAUUUUUGGAAGAACUGUCUGAAAAAUGUGUAGGAUACUGUGGAGCAGAUAUAAAGUCUGUGUGCGCAGAAGCAGCUCUUUGUUCAUUGCGCCGCCGUUAUCCCCAGAUUUAUACCACAACAGAAAAAUUGCAGCUGGAUAUUAAUUCUAUUAAGAUUACUGCUAAAGACUUUAUUGUAGCCAUGCAGAAAAUUGUACCAGCGUCCCAGAGAGCCGUUGUAUCUCCCGGGCAAGCACUGUCUCCCAUAAUCCAGCCGCUUCUUCAGAACACGCUUCGUAAAGUCUUGGAAGCUCUGACAAAAGUUUUUCCUCAUGCUCUUGAAGAAAUCAAGAAAGAAAAACAAUCCGAACCUUCAGGUCACCUGGUGGAUGAAGAUUUGUUAUAUAGUGAUGAUGAAGGCCCAUCUGUUUUUGAAAAUGGCCUACCUAAUAAAACGCCAAACAAACCAAAUCGUCCAUUUCUUCAGCUUAAUACGAAUGCACGUAAUCGUCCAACAUCAUACAGGCCUAGGCUCCUGCUGGCUGGUAAACCGGGUUAUGGGCAAGGAACACAUCUGGCUCCUGCAGCUAUACAUGCCUUGGAGAAGUUCACUGUAUACACCCUUGAUCUUGCUGUUCUAUUUGGUAUUGGUGCUACUUCCCCUGAAGAAACAUGUGCUCAGCUUUUUCGGGAAGCUAAAAGAACUGUCCCAAGUAUCCUGUACAUUCCACAUAUUCACCUGUGGUGGGAAACAGUCGGUGACACACUGAAGGCAACAUUUAUUACUUUGCUGAGAAGCAUCCCUUCGUUUUCACCUAUCCUCCUUCUUGCAACAUCUGAUGUGGAUCAUUAUAAGUUGCCAAAUGAGUUGCAGGAGCUUUUUGUGGAUGAUUAUGGUGAAGUAUUUCAUGUUCAGUUGGUGAACAAAGAGGAAAGAAGGGCAUUCUUUGAGGAUCUUAUAUUAAAUCAAGCUGCCAAAGCACCGGUUUCUAAAAAGAAAGCAGUUCUGCAGGCACUGGAGGUUUUGCCUCUUGCUCCUCCACCUGAGCCACGCACUCUCUCCGCGCAGGAGCUGAAACAAUUGGAGGAUCAGGAAGAGAGCACACUGCGAGAGCUGAGACUCUUCUUAAGGGAUGUCUCCCACAGACUUGCCAUAGACAAACGCUUCAGAGCUUUUACAAAGCCUGUUGAUCUAGAAGAGGUGCCCGAUUAUGUGACUGUCAUUGCGCAGCCGAUGGAUCUCUCUACGGUCAUCAGCAAAAUCGAUCUGCACAAAUAUCAUACAGUGAAGGAAUAUUUAAAGGAUAUCGAUCUUAUAUGUAGCAAUGCUUUAGAGUACAACCCUGAUAAAGAUCCAGGAGAUCGUUUGAUCAGGCACAGAGCAUGCACUCUCAAAGAUGCCACGUAUGCAAUCAUUAAAGAAGAGUUGGAUGAAGAAUUUGAAAAGCUUUGUGAAGAAAUCCAAGAAUCUCGCAAGAAAAGAGGUUUUUGUGCUUCAAAAUAUGCACCAUCUUAUUACUAUGUUCUGCCAAAACACAAUAGCACUGCAGAUGGAAAGAAAGCCGAAGCAGAAAAGACAGGGCAGUCAUCAAUACCCUUGGCCGCCAGCACACCAAGUGCAGCUCAACCUAAAAGGAAACCCAGGAGAAAAAGCCGGUGGAGUUCGGGCAACUGUUCUAAAAGAAAGAGGCUUCUCCCAUCUUUUAAAAAUGAAAACGAAAAAAUCGAUGAAGAGGCUGAAAGUGAGGUCGACCAGGAAAAUCCCGAAUCAAGCCUUGACCAUACAGAGCUUGAAUUGGACUCUUCCGUUGAUGCGUGGAAUGAGACGCUAGCAGCAGACAAUCAUGCUGAGAACCUGCCAAUGCAGACUGGAAAAGCCACUGUUAAUGCAGAAGAUCCCACAUCUACAGCACCUGAAGAGCCAACAAAAAAACAAGCAGAGACUGUCCAAUCUCCAGCUGUAGAGAACAGCGAAUCAGGCGAUGUGCGUUUUGUGCGCAUGACCCGUGGAAGACAGCUUCAGGUUGAACAGCAGCAUUUGGUCAGUGUUGAAGAAGCCAUGGCAUUGCUUUCGGAACCAACCCCGGUCUUGUAUGUUGAUCAUCAGCAACUUAAGAAUCUUCUGGACAAAGCUGUCGAAAGAAGCGAUGACUAUAAUGUAUUUCAGCUGGAAAAGAUGUAUGCCUUACUCAGCCAGUGUAUAUACAGACAUCGCAAGGACUACGAUAAAACGCUGUUAAUAAAGGAAAUGGAAGACGAAAUAAACCGCUUCAAAAAAUGAAAUAUAUGGAUUUUACCUCACUUGACCUGCCAGAUGUGAUCUAUAUAAUAUAUUCAGCUUAAAUGUUCUAUUUACUUGUAAAUAUUUUCAUUGAAGAUGUAUUAUUCAGAUACCCAGGCAAUAACUGCUUUUUAUACUAAUGUGCUUCUCACAUUUGUAUAUCACCCUCCUCCCCUCUUUUAUAUGGAUUCUUUAAGUAUAAAUAUUAGGGGGAAAAACUGUAAAUACAAAGCUGUGCCAAUGAGUUUGUCUUCAACUUCCAGGAUAGUGGGUUCUUUUGUGAAAUCUUGUACAUCUCACUUUGGCAGUGCUUGUUCUCAAUAUGGUAUAUUGUCCUUAAAAUAGUCUUUAUUUGUGACAAUCAGUGUAAUAAGAAUAUGGAAUCGCCGAUGCACCUCCUGCAUAACUGGCUGCUUCUCUAAAUAAACGGCUAAAACAAAA